UGUUGAACAUAUUAACAAAAAGUUGAAAGUUUAUAUAGCAAAUAGGAAAAGAGAGAGAAAUAGAAGGAAGAGUUUUGACAAUAAACCAUCAUAUUGUGUAUACAGUCAGUUGGUUGCACGUGUCGUUUGUUUAGGGCGGUUAAAAGAAAAGAGCGGGAAUUCAAGAAACGAAAGCAGAUCAAACCAAAGCAAAGCAAACCCCUGAAUUUAGAAUAAAGAAAAAUGGUCGUCCUCUUCUUGAGUUUUGUUGGUAUCUUGAUGAUGAGCAGUAGCAGUAGUAGUGUAUCAAAUGCGCAGUAUAUGAGAGUGAAGGAAUCAAAUGGAAAUGUUUCAGCAAUGUUUAUAAUGGGCGAUUCUUCUGUUGAUUGUGGACACAACAAUCCCUUCUACCCUUUUCUUCACAGGAAUCUUUCAUUGGUUCCUUGCAAUGGCUCUGAUUCUACUCUGCUUCCUUAUCUUCUCGCUCAGAAGAUGGGAUUAUUAAGUACCUCGCUGUUUUUCGGUCAGAAUGGAUCUGUUGAAGGGAUAAAACGCGGGUUGAACUAUGGUUCAGCACAUUCGACAAUCAUGAAAUCUGAUAGUCAGAGCCAUCAGUCUCUUAACCAACAACUACGCGAAGUAUUCGAGACUUUGCAGUUGUUGCAGCUUCAGUUAAGUGAGGAAACUGCCAACCAUUUUAUCAGAUCCUCUAUGUUUUACCUCUCAUUUGGAAAAGACGACUAUAUCGACCAUUUCCUUGGAAAUUCUUCGGGCAUAAUGCUCAAGUACACUGGCAAACAAUUUGCUCGAAUUCUGGUCAAUCAGAUGGUUUAUGCUAUUAGGAGCCUCUUUGAUGCAAAUGUUAGGAAGAUUAUUUGCAUGGGGAUAUUGCCUCUGGGAUGCACACCACGCAGUGUCUCAGAGUGGCGUAAUGUAACUGCUGUUCAUGGCAGCCGUUGUGUCCGAGAGGUAAACAAUCUGGUUUUGCAAUAUAACGUCAUGCUACAUGAGCACAUUAUUGAACUCAACUCAGAGUAUCCCGAUGCUCAGAUCGUUUUCUGUGACGUAUACCGAGGAAUUAUGAAGAUCGUAGCCAAACCAUUACACUUUGGUUUUAGAGAUGCCGAGAGUGCAUGCUGUGGACUUGGUCUGCACAAUGCAAUCGUUGGUUGCCUUUCUACAGAGUUGGGUUGCAGUGAGCCUUCGAGAUAUGUGUGGUGGGAUUUCUACAAUCCAUCAGAAAGAGUGAACUCUAUGCUUGCGGAUGCAGCUUGGUCUGGUCAUAUGUUAUCAGGAAUUUGUCAUCCUAUGCCAGUCCAAGAUCUGGUAUAUACUCUUCUAUGAGUGUCAUCAAGCCAAGGCAGCACGCUUGAUCAAAUUUUAGAAUUCUUUGUUGAUUACUACACAUUUGUGAUGAUGUCUCCAUUUGUAUAGCCAUUUCAAGUUUUGUCAACAAUUGCAUCAAUUUUAAUUAACCUUGUGAAUAGGAGCUGGAGAAAUGAUCUUGUGCUUCAAUUUUUUUAUCUUAGAGAAUGAAAAAUAAUUCUAUCAUUUCCUUU